AUGCCAAGUUCAACAAUCUCUGCGGCCUUGCUAGAGGGAAUUCUGCAGGGCUCAGUGCAACAUCUCCUCAUUGGCGCUCUCUCCCUCCCUGUCAUUUACGUUCUGGUGAACGAAUUAAUUCGCACAAAUGCUAGAAUUCCUCAUAUGAAUGGACCUCAAGGUCUUCCUUUGCUGGGUAACAUUUGGGAUAUCCGUAUCAAUGCUGCCGAAAAGUAUCGGCAAUGGGCUAAGCAGUACGGUGACGUCUACCAAAUCAUGCUUGGGAAUAUUCCUGUUGUCGUUGUCAACUCAGCUUCAGCUGCUAAGUCGGUGUUUGGUUCAAAUGCCCAGACAUUAAGUUCCAGGCCAGAGCUGUACACAUUUCAUAAGGUGCUGUCCGACACAGCUGGCACAACUAUUGGUACUUCCCCAUACAGCGACUCGUUGAAGCGGCGAAGAAAAGGCGCAGCCUCAGCACUCAAUCGACCUUCUGUGGCAACCUACGUUCCUCACCUUGAGGUGGAAAGUAGGGAUUUUAUUAAAGAACUUUUCGAGUAUGGCAACGCUGGACAGACACCAGUGGAUCCUAUGCCAAUGAUUCAGCGAUUUUCGCUUUCCCUCGCCCUGACCCUUAACUGGGGAACGCGACUAAAAACUCAGAAAGACGACCUAUUCGGAGAAAUUACCCACGUGGAAGAAGAGAUCAGCAAAUUCCGAUCUACCACUGGAAAUUUACAAGACUAUAUUCCUAUUCUGCGCCUGAAUCCCGUCAACUUUCACACAUCCAAGGCGCGUGAAAUGCGAGAUCGCCGCGAUAGGUACUUGACAGAUCUCAACAACGAUCUUGAUGAGCGCAUUGCAGCAGGAACUCAUCAGCCCUGUAUUCAAGCUAAUGUUAUUCUUGACAAGGAAGCAAAGCUGAGCAAGGAUGAGCUCACUUCAAUCAGCCUAACGAUGCUUUCAGGCGGUCUAGACACUGUCACCACGCAGGUCGCUUGGUUUGUUGCGCUACUCUCUCAGCAUCCCGAGAUCCAAGAUAAAGCCAUCGUAGAAAUUCGCAAGCAUUACGAUGCAGACCAGCCUAUGUGUGACGAGAAUGAUGACCACAAGUGUGCAUAUGUCGUUGCUCUUGUCAAAGAGGCUCUUCGGUAUUACACAGUUCUCCGUCUGGCUCUUCCUCGCGCUUCCGUGAAGGAUUUGCCAUACCAAGGCACUAUUAUCCCCAAGGGUACAAUGGUAUUUCUCAACGCGUGGGCUUGCAACAUGGAUGAGAAAAUUUGGACUGAUCCUGAAGUCUUUCGUCCUGAAAGAUGGUUUGAGCAACCCGAUGCACCAUUGUUCACAUAUGGUGUCGGCUAUCGUAUGUGUGCUGGCUCUCUCUUAGCCAAUCGCGAGCUUUACCUCGUCUUCAUACGCUUGCUCAAUAGCUUCCAUAUCAAGAAGCAUGACGAUGUGGACUGUCAUCCUGUCACUGGAAACGCAGACCCCAAGAGCCUGGUCGCUCUGCCUCCUCGCUUCAAAUCAUAUUUCGUACCCCGAAACCACACUGCUCUUUGUGCCGCCGUUGGGGAAACCUCCUAA